GCUCAGCUCUCUCCCCCCCCCCCCCGGGGUCUGGUCCCCGCACACCCACACCUCCCAGAGUGGCAGUGGGCUUCACUGGGAAGAGCCAGGGCACAGGGCGCUUUAGCAGGAGCUGGCUGCACAGAUGUAUCUGCGGGCGGUGGCGGUGGCACUCUUCAUGCUGUACUGUGGGACAGCAUCCAGCGGCAAACAGAGCACUGAGCACAAAGGUAACACAAGCUCACUCCAGAACUGCAGAAGUUGUAAGGAAUGCUCGCCUGACAAUGGCUGUUUGACCUGCCAGCAGCGACUCUUCCUCUUGAUUAAGAGAGAGGGAAUCCGACAGCAAGGAGAGUGUGUGCAUGCCUGUCCUGUGGGGCAUUAUAGCAUACGUGGACAGGCCACAAACAGAUGUCUGAGAUGUAAGACAGUGAAUUGUGAAAGCUGCUUUAGCCGCGAGUUCUGCAUCAGAUGUAAAUCUGAACACUACCUGCUGAAGGGCAAAUGUUACAAUACAUGUCCAAAAGGGACAGCUUCACAUGCCAGAUUGAUGGAAUGUGUGGAUGGUUGUGAUGUUGGACCCUGGGGCGAGUGGGGUCCCUGCCUGAAGAACCAACAGACAUGUGGCUUCAAGUGGGGCUUAGAGACCAGGACACGGCAAAUCCUGACAGCCUGGCCAAAGGAAUGGGAGCCAUGUGUAGCAUUGUCGAUGUCAAGGAAAUGCAGGAUAAAGGCGAGAUACUGCCCCGGGGAGAGAAGGAAGAUGAUGAAUAAAAACAGAAGGAAUAAGCAUAAAAAGAAGAAGCUGGCAGCUGAAGUGCAAUCCGAUGAAGAUGAUUCCUCCUCCUAAACUCUGGACCCGAUUACAGGGGAUAGGGGGGAGGGGACAGCAGCAUGACUGAUCUUGUCUGAUGAUGCCAACCCAAGAACUCUGGGAUUGAACAGACCCACAUUGAAAAUCAGCAAGAGAAAUAUCUCAGUGUCCAGACUGUACCUCUUACUUUGGACCGAUAGUUCCAGAUAUUUGAUCUCCAUGACACAUUCUUUACCCUCCCCAGGGCUGUGCUGCUGGCGGUCAACUUGAACUGUCCAAUAGAACACAGUCGUCAGAUCACAUAUGGGUAUCGAGAUUAAUUCUGAACUCUUGAACAUUCCCUCCUUUUAAUCCUUCAUCAGUGGUGAGCGUGCCUAAGGUCUAGAAUUCCCAACCAAAGCCUUUCCCUCCCUUUGCCUCUCUGCUUCUCGAAGACAUUGUGUAAAUCCUGCCUCUAUGAGCAAACUUUUGGCCAUCUGUCCUCAUAUUCCCUUGUGUGACUCUGUGUUAGGUUUUGUUUUAUAAGCUCCUGGGAAUCAUCUUGGAAUGAAAGGUUCUAUAUAAAUGCAAAUUGUUGUCGAGUAAGGAUAUCAAAGGAAAUGGAGUUCCCUCAGUACAGAUCAGACAGAAUGUGGUUGAAUAUCCAAAGUAGGAGUGAGGGACUGAAUGGCCCCCGUUGUUGUGUGGUUAUGUGUUCACAUUGCUCUGUCCUUGAUUGUGUAUUUGAUUGUGCUCUCAUCCUUCCAACGAACAGUAAGUAAAUUGCAGCGCAUGCUGUGUCUCCACUUCACCCACAGCCUGCUAUCCUUCUCCGAAACGUGCUAUUUAACUUGCCCACAGUGUUGGUUAAUCCCCUGCAGAUGAUGCUUGUCAAAGCUAAAUUACAGGGGCCCACUAAAGCCAGCAGACAGACCAAAGGAAGUCAACUCUUUGCCAUGUUGUGUAACAAUUCAGACAAAGGCAGCUUGUUCCUGAUCAGUGUCAUCUGCAGCAAAUCAUUCACGGUCAGGAGUAUUAGGAGAGAUGGGCAGCAGUGGAAUCAGUGCCAGGCUGGCAAUGUCACUGGGUUAGUAAUCCAAAGGCCCUUGGUAAUACUCUGUGAACAGUGUGAAGCAUAACAGGGCAGCUGGUGCUACGUAAAUUCAACUAAAGCAUCUGGAAUUAGCCUCAGUAAUAGUGACCAUGAAACCAUUGUCAGUUGUAAAAACCCAUCUGAUACAUUAAUGCCCAUGGGGGAAGGAAAUCGACCUUGAAUUCCUGUGAAGAUCCAUAUCGGACUCCAAAUGUCUGUUGCGCCACAGAUGCUGCCAGACCCAUGAGGUUCCCCUGCACCUUCCAAUCUGCCCUGCUGACCCGCUCUGGCCCACACAUGACUCCCAAUCUACAGCAAUGUGGUUGAAUCUUGACCAUUCCCCCAGCCCCCACCCCCCCGAACAGCCAAGCAAUUUAGUUUGAGUGUAAUUCGGGAUGAUUAACAAAUGCUGAACUUGCAAUCGAUGGCCACGUCCCCUGAAUGAAUUCUCAAAAUUACUUUUUGGAGGGAGAAAAUUAAACAUCACUUCCAUCAUCAAACUUGCGUAACUUUUCUUUCAAGAGAAAAACAACCAGGUCCUCUCUUCAAAGACUACUUGGCAUUUUCCCCAAUCUUGUCAUUCCAUUUCCACAGUUACUGGCUCUGUCUGUAUUCCUGGGAAAGGUUGAUGAUUGCAGAAGCUGGUUCAGUCUGAAUUGUAUAUUAGCCUCAGACCCCAUGCCUGGAUGGUGUCCUGAAUCAGACAGUCUGAGCCAGGGCAAUGGCUUUCCUACCUCAGGGUUAGGGGUGAGGGGUGGUGUGGGGAGGAGCUGAGUUACAGACACGCUGCUAAAACAUGCACAUGGUCAGUGCAUUGAACAAGCACAGGAUCAAACUCUGCAGUGAUACUCAUCAGAGUAAUUUAUCCUACUGACUCUUACACAACACAUUAUGCUUCCCUUUCACCAUACUGUCUCUUGUAAUAGGCUAACCAUUAGCUUUCCAGAUUAACACCAAAAGAACUUUGGUAAAAGUCCAGUGGUGUAAUUGUUGGACUGUUAAUCUAGAGGAGCAGGUAAUGUUCUGGGGACCCAAGUUCAA